GAGGCUCAGAGACGGCUGUACUAUGACGUGAUGCUGGAGAACUUUACACUUAUAUCCUCCCUGGGAUACUUUCAAUUCCUACUGCCAGUGCCUGAAGAAAUGAGAAUCACUUCCCAGCGAGGAGAUGAGGUCAUUGGGUGCAGAUGUGAUGCUGCCCAAUUCACAAAUGAGUGACUGAUCCUGAAGACCUUCAAAAUGCACUGGGCUGAAUUUUUAUGAUAACGGGGACUUUUGUAUUGUUCCCGACCAAUUGCAAACCUGACUCUAAGGCUUCAGGCUGCAAGCAUUUGAAGAGCAACAUCUUUCCAGCAGUGCACGGCCUCCUUUGAUUUCUUAAGUGCUGGACACAUUUGAAUGAUGUGUCAUUUACCUCAGGAAGAGGAAGUGGGAGCAACUAAACUACUAGUUUUAGGCUUUGGACUUUAAAAACCAACAAAGCCGCUCCCUCUGGUAGGAGCAGCACUUUGCAGGAACUCUCGGGGACAGCUGGCCGAACUCUGGAAGUCCCUGGGGCCGAACCCCCUUUGGUGGCCGCUGUAACUCUGAGAUCUAUGGUACCCGGAAAAGCGUGGGGAUACAGGACGCAGGCAGCAGCCAAUGACGGAGCAGGACGAGGCAUUUGUAGGCAUGCGUGGAGCGGGGGGUGGGAUUUCCGGCCUCUUCACGGUGGAAGACUUUUGGCGUCAGACUUGUUUACCCUGGGAAGUUAGAGAGUACAGAUUCCGGGUCGAGGUGACAAACGGACAAAGCAGGAAAGGAGGCGACGUCCCUGUCGCGGACACUGCGGUCCAUGGCUCCACGACGACGCGCCCGGUCUGCCCCGCGCCGGGGCCGGGACAGGGACUGCAGGCCUGAUUUCGCGAUCCGCCCACAGAGUCCGUUGGCGACGGCCGCGCCCAGGGACCCGGCUGAGGGUGGUGUGACCUUUGAGGACAUUGCCAUCUACUUCUCCUGGAAGGAAUGGAGACUUCUUGAUGAGGCUCAGAGACGGCUGUACUAUGACGUGAUGCUGGAGAACUUUACACUUAUAUCCUCCCUGGGUUGCUGCUGUGGAGCAGAAGAUGCGGAGGCACCCCUUGAACAGAGCGUUUCUGUAGGUGUGUCACAGGCCAGCACGCCCAAGACAGCUCUGUCUUCCCGGAAGACCCACCCUUGUGACAUGUGCGGUCCGGUCUUGAGAGAUGUUUUCCGCCUGGGUGAGCACCAGGGAAAACCAAGCAGCAAGAAACUGUUGAGGUGUGGGGCAUGUGGAAAACGAUUUUACUUCAGCGUAAACUUUCAGCAGCAGCCGGACCAGCAUACGGAAGAGAAACCAUUCAGAAGUAGUGUGGACACGGCCUCUUUUGUGAAGGAAUAUGGAUUCCAUGAUUUAGAAAAGCGCUUUAUAUGUAUAGAGGUUCAGAAGGAUUUCAUGCCUGGCUCAGGGCAUCUGCAGCAAGAGGCCACUCAUACUGGAGAAAAGCCAAACAUAAUCAGCCAGUGCAGGGAAACUUUACAGAGUAGUGAAGGUCAUUACACUUGGGGAGAAUGCAAGGAAGCCUUUGGUCCCGAGCAUACACCUGUUCAGGAUCAGGGUCACAGUACAGAAAAGCCUUAUCAGUGCAAUGUAUGUGGCAAGUCCUUUCUCCGAAGAAACGUCCUCAAUGCACACAUAAAGAUUCACUCAAGUGAAAGGCCUUAUAAGUGUAAUGAAUGUGGGAAAUCUUUUAAGUGUAAGGCGACAUUCAUUAAACACCAGAGAGUUCACACAGGAGAAAGACCUUAUGAAUGCAGUGAUUGUGGAAAAUCAUUUAGUACAAGUUCUGUCCUUCGUUCUCACCAGAGAAUUCACACUGGGGAAAGGCCUUAUGAAUGUAGGGAAUGUGGGAAAUCUUUUACCACUAGUUUUGUCCUCCAUAAUCACCAGAGAGUUCACACUGGAGAGAGGCCUUAUGAAUGCAGUGAAUGUGGCAAAUCUUUUACUGCUAGUUCUGCCCUCCACUAUCACCAGAGAGUUCACACUGGAGAGAAGCCUUAUGAGUGUAGUGAAUGUGGCAAAUCUUUUACCACUAGUUCUGCCCUUCAGUGUCAUCAGAGAGUUCACACUGGAGAAAGGCCUUAUGAGUGCAGUGAAUGUGGGAAAUCUUUUACCACUAGUUCUGUCCUCCAUGAACACCGGAGAGUUCACACUGGAGAAAGGCCUUACGAGUGCAGUAAAUGUGGGAAAUCAUUUACUGCUACUUCUGCCCUCCGUUAUCACCAGAGAGUUCACACUACAGAGAGGCCUUAUGAGUGUGGUGAAUGUGGCAAAUCUUUUUUCUCUGGGUCUGAUCUCCAGUGUCACCAGAGACUUCACACUGGAGAAAGGCCUUAUAAAUGCAGUGAAUGUGGCAAAUCCUUUCUCCGAAGAAAUAGCCUCAAUGUACACAUAAAACUUCACUCAGGUGAAAGGCCUUAUAAAUGUAAUGAAUGUGGGAAAUCUCUGAACUAUAAGUCGACAUUCAUUCAACACCAGAGAAUUCACACAGGAGAAAAGCCUUACCUAUGCAAUGAAUGUGGAAUGUCUUUUAGUCAUAGUCGUGCCCUACGGAUUCAUCGUCACUGUCACCUUGAAAGAAGUCCUUAUGAGUGUAGUCAGUGUGGGAAAUCUUUUACUUCUAAUUCUUCCUUCAUGUCACACCAGAGAAUUCACACUGGAGAAAAGCCUUAUGAGUGCAGUGAAUGUGGGAAGGCUUUCACUGCUCGUUCUCUCCUCCGUUCUCACCAGAUUGUUCAUACUGAAGAAAAGCCUUAUGAAUGCAGUGAAUGUGGCAAGUCCUUUCCCCGAAAAACUACCCUCAAUGCACACAUAAAGGUUCACUCAGCUGAACGGCCUUAUAAGUGUAAUGAAUGUGGGAAAUCAUUGAAGUAUAGAUCCACAUUCAUAAAACACCAGAGAAUUCACACAGGAGAAAGGCCUUAUGAGUGCAGUGAAUGUGGGAAGGCUUUUAUCAGUCAUCCAGCUCUUAUUUAUCACCGCAAGAGUGCACAUAGGAGAAAGGCCUUAGGAGUGCUCUGAAUCUGGAAAAUCUUUCAGCUAAAUCUCCAGACUUACUCAACAUGAGAAACUACACAGUAAAAAAUGUCUUUAUUGGUGACAUGAUGACCUGAAUGCUCAUGUUCACUAAAAUUUCUAUGUUGAAUACCCAUUCUGAUGGAAUAGUAUUAACAGGUGAUAUCUUUGGGAGGUAUUUCAGUUGAGAAUGGUCAGAAGUGUGGAACACUCAUGAGUGGGGUUAAUAUCAUAAUGUCUCUAAAGCAAGUUUCCUUCCCCUAUCAGUCAUGUGAGGACCCUUGAGAAGAUGAUCUAUAAAUCAGGAAGCUGGUGCACCAGUCACAGAACCAGGCCAUAUGCGGAAUGGUAGGUCAGAUAUACAGCCUCCACAACUGGGAAACUUCUUGUUUGUUUACAAGCCCCCUCCUUUGUGAUAUUUUGUUAGAGCAGCCUGAGCUGAGACAAAUGUGAAGAAUAUGGGUAAUCUUUUGACCAAAGAUACAGUUUUGAAAUCCGAAUUCACCUUGGAGCAGGGCCUCAUGGGUGAGGUACAUGACCAUUCCUUUAGUCCAGUGAUCUGUCUUCAUUCCACGCUCAGAGGUCACACUGCAGAAAGAAUUUAAAGUAGCAGAGAAGGUGAUGUUUCCUUGCUUCGUGUAAUCACAGUGGAGGAGAACCGUUUGCGAGGCAGACACCUACCUGAGUUGAACUUUGUUCACCUGAAUGUCCAGAGGGGAGUGACUUACCAUAACUUGAAGCUAUUUCAGAAAAAUACAGAAGCUGCGUUGUGCUUUUGCUGUGUUUGGAGUCAUUGCUCAAUUGAAAUCACUGCCAGUUUCUGUAGCAAAAGUCACUUCACCCCUGCCACUUGCCAGGUUCCCAUCAUGUGUAUCAGCCACCACCCACCGUGCUCAAGCAUGCUGACCUCUGCGCUUUGUCAUUGGCGACGGACAUUGUGGGUAAUUGGAACUCCUUGUUCCCUUCUAAGUCAGGACGUGGAUGUGACCCAGUGUUGACCCUCCUACCUGAACUGAGUUUGGGGUGGUGUCUUGCAGAGAGGCUGAGUCUCUUAGGACGUUGUUGGUCUCCUGAUGUUUGUGAUCAAUGUGUGCAGCACCCAAGUCACCAGCACAGGAAUUUGGUGCCACGUUUUGAUCUGGUUUAUGCAUUAAUAAAUGCCUUUUUUGUUUAGUUACCUUUAACCUUAUGUGUUGUAUUCACUCAAAGGGGUUGAGAGCAGAAAUGGCAUCUGCCAGCAUGAAGAAGUGAACAGAUUUCAUUGCAUCCCAAACUUAUUGUGUCUUGGAUAAUUGUAAAUAAAAAAAUAAGUACGACA